AUGUUCAAAAGAAUUCGUGCUAAAUUACCGGAUUGGCGAUUUAUAGCUUUCGUUGUGUCUAAUUCUAUUCCAGGAAAGAAACUUCUUGGUGAUUGGCGUUUUACACCAGUUUUCUUUGUAGCUGGUUGUUGUUUUGAACUUGUUCUUUGCAAAUUGCGUAUCAACAAUAUUAAUUUCUACGACGUUUAUAAGCAAAUCCGAGUCAUGAAUCCAUUGCGUCGUCUUUUUUACUUGUCAGUAGUCAACACUGUAACAUUCAUAAUCGGUUCUCAAAUAGCUCAUACAUGGCUGAAUCCUAUGAAAGAUUAUAAAGAUUUUAUCACUAAAGCAGAAGCAGAAUAUCAAGCUCAUCAAGAAGAAUUGCGUGAAGUAGAAGAUUAUUUAGAUAAAAAACGUCAACAACGUUUAAAACAAAUUACUUAA